CCGCCCUCCCUGACACUUGUGCCUCUCCUCUCCAAGUCGCCAAAGAUGCCCGCCCAACAGUCCAUCUUUGCCUUUGUCCAUCAACUCAUCCUCAUCCUCCAUCUGUUAGCUUGACGCUGCAGCAACCCCGAGACCGACACCGACCCCGACCACCGACACUCGUUACGACCCCCGACACGCCACAAUGCGCGCCGCCGCCAUCCUCCCUGUCCUCGCCCUUCUCGCGACCGCCGACGCACGCAAGUGCAAGGCCAAGCACUCGACCGCGUCCCCCGUCCCGUCCGUCACCCCGGUCGCGGACGACAACGCGCUCAUCCACCAGCCCGAGCCGACCCCGUCCUCCAGCGAGAGCGCCUCGAGCGAGGCCACCCCGACCGAGUCGUCUUCGGUCGUGACCUCCGAGACCCCUGCGCCGUCGCCGACCUCCGAGGAGUCGGCCUCGGCCUCGGCCUCCCCUUCGCCCUCGCCCUCGCCUUCCGCCGAGCCCCAGGGCCCCGCGAACCCCGACGGUGCCGUGCCCGCGUCCGACCCACUCGCCGAGCAGAUUCUGCAGGCGCACAACGAGAUCCGUGCGCGCUACGGCGUCCCCGCCGUCUCGUGGAACGAGGAGCUCAGCGCCAUCGCCGUCGGCCAGGCCCAGACCUGCAACCAGGUGCCCCAGUUCCCGGCCUCGCGCCAGGACUACACCGACUCGCUUGUGCCGAGCCACGACGGCGACUUUGUCCGCUCCGUCCACGACGCCGGGUGGGAGGGCGAGAACUACGUCUACCCCACAGACGGCGGCGACAAGACGUACCAGGAGGCUGCCGCGCGCUGGACCCAGGUCGUGUGGCGCGCCACCACCGACAUCGGCUGCGGCUGGCACAAGUGCGAGGAGUGGCCCGAGGCCGCCCAGCUCAACGGCCAGUACAAGUUUGUCUGCGUUUACAACACGCACCAGACUUACGUCGGCAGCCCCGAGGCGUUCAACGCGAACAUCCCCGACAAGCUCGAGUAAAUUCGCCACCACACACGUGGUCAUAUCUUCUUCAGCGGCGCUGGCGCCGCCCGUACAUUUCAUACAGUACAUGACACUCUUUAGGAC